AUGCAACGUUUCCACCUUACCGCCACUGGGCACAAUAUCAACUAUCUUCCCCAAUACAUUGCAGAACGGCAUGGUUUCUUCCAAGAGCAGGGACUCGACGCCACCUUCUCAAUACCCCAGCCCUGGGAUGGCGUGCUGGAUGAUCUUGCUGAAGGCACAGCUGACAGUGCACUUGGCGGUAUCUGGGUCCCGACAAUGUACCAUAAUCGGGUGACGAACUACACAGUUUUCGCGCAAAUCGCGAAUCGCUGUCCUCUCGCUCUCAUAAAGCGAGGCCCUAGUCAAGACUUCAAGCUGGCCGAUGUGGCCGGGGCCACGGUGCUGAUGAAAUCAGGCGGCGGGGCUAGCGUUGGUCUUUUUUUCAAGAUGCUACUGCGCGAAAACAGCAUCGACCCGAAGUCGGUGGACUAUAUCCAAGAUCUCGACGGCGUGAUGCUGGGAAACCUGUUCCAAGGCGGUAUGGGUGAUUAUUUUGUAACCGAUAUCCUCUCUGCUCGCACCAUGGCGGAUCGUAAUCCCAACGUCUCGGUUGCGAUGGAGAUGGUCUCGCAAGGCGAUGUGCCUUGGAGCGUGUAUUACCGGGAAACCGCAACGAUCACGGAUGAGGUACUCGAUAAGCAGAAGCGGUUCUUAGCGGCCCUUGCUAAGGGCAUCGACUGGGUGCUCCAGCGUGACGCAGAAUCGUUUAAAAAUGAACUGGCCGAACUGUUUCCCACGGUGCCAGUCCAGGUCGCCGUGGAUGUGACCAACACAUUUCGUCACAACAGUAUGUGGACAUCUCCUCUUAUACCUCGCGGGGGAUUCGACCGGUGGCAGCUAGGGCUCGUUGGGGCCCGCCUCGUCAAAGAUCCUCUUGCAUACGAAACGCUGAUCAACGAUGUACCUGUGCUUGCAGCGUUGAAGGCCAAAAGUGAUCAGUCAUAA